CCUCAAGCUGCAGGUGUGACGGUGAUGUUUACACUGAGGCGACAGACUAAUACUGUAAAGCGAAACGUUUGACACCUCUUUUACCUGAGUAAACUGCUCCAUGCUGUGCAGGACGGGUGUCUCUGCGGUUUACGUUUGUGUUCGUCUCCAGACCUUCAGGUAAAAUUAACUUACUGUGUGAAGUGAAGUCUGCGUGGAUGUCUGGAAGGAUCUACCGUUUAUUCUCAUAUCUUAGUGUGAGGGACCACUUCAUUGGAAUGAGAGGCCUCUCCAACUACAAUCUGUCCUGCUGUGUGAACACUUUACUCCAGACUUUCUCUGCUACCUGGGAAAUAGGAGACCUACUAGACAAGUGGGAAGCAGCUGGUGUGAGAGCGGGCGGUCGUAACGUCCCCCUGCAGCUAAAGAGAGUUCUCACGGCCAUGAAGAGCGACCGUCCUCACCCGGCUCCUCAUCGGGACUUCCUCCACUCUCUGGAUAGCAACUGCGUUAGACUUUAUAUGCAGCAUGAUGCUGAUGAGGUCUUCCUCGCUAUCUUGAACUUGAUGCAACUGCAGAUGGAUGACAAACCUCUGGCUCUUCAAAUCCAGAAUCUGUUCAAGAUUUCUGUGGAGACGUACGUGGAGUGUUUAGACUGUACCGCCGUCCAGACUCUGACCAGCUACAUGCUCAGCCUGCCUCUGCACGUAAAGGAAGAUCACGAUUCUCUGGAAGGCUGCAUGAGCUCCUUCUUUCAGCAUCAGGAGCUAAGGGGCAUAAAUUGCUGCUUUUGUGCAACAUGUGAGAAGAAGACUCCAUCUAAACAGGCUGUCAAACUGCUCUCCCUGCCUCCUAUCUUGUGCGUGCACCUGAAAAGGUUUCGGAAUUACGGUGGUUACACCAGAAAACUUGAUUGCAGGGUUACCUUUCCCGAAACCUUUGACUUCGCUGAAACCCUCAAAGAAGCGUUCUCGUCAGACUUUGCUGAGAAUGACUGCAGGUACACAUUGCAUGCAGUGGUAGUGCACUCUGGAUCUGCAACGUGUGGUCACUAUACUGCCUACGUUCGUGACAGGGUGAACCAGCGCUGGUACUAUGCCGACGACAGCCACGUAGGACUGGUCUCCUGGGAAGAUGUGAAGAGCACAUAUGGAGGACAUAGAAGACACACAGCAUACAUGUUAAUGUACAGAAGAGGUUCGAAAGAGAAAGGACAACAGCCUGAACUCUCUGGCUGAGUGGAUGGACGCAGAUGAUUUAUACCCGAGGUUGUGGUGCAAUAUUAUAUCUAUAGGAAUUUAUAGGAACAUAAACAUUUAUUUGCUUAAUUUACUGUAUUUUUAAAAUUGUAUUGUACAUGGUGUGUGGCCGUAUAUUUAAUGAUUUUUCGGAGCUCAUUCAGAUUGUACUUCAGCACAGUAAUGUCUGACAAACACCAACAGGUGGUGACAAAGACUCAAUACACUGAUGGGUUUUCCAACCUCAGACCACACACACACUGAACACACUCAGUGGGGGGGGGGGGGGGGGGGGCAUGGUUUGAGAAGAAUGCUUAGCUUAGAUAUUCACUGUUUGGGGGGAAAUACCUGCUAUUGGACUCAGUGUUAAUUUUCCUGACACUUUUCUCAUUUGGGCUGCCAAAAACAACACCAAAAAAAAUCUGUUAUCUUAUGUAUUGCUUUUUUUUCACUACCUGCAGAACCUUUAAUAUGAGGUACAAAACCUGAUUUGGAAUGACGCACCUUAAUGUUUAUUACUCUUAUUGAUGCAUCAACACCAGCACAUCUCCACCUGUGUUCAAAAUGAAUGCGCUCUAACGCGCACAAAAUGAAAAGCCUGUUCUGUAUGUAAAAAGAGGUUAAAUGUCGCCGUUAAAACCACAGUGCUCAAAUGCUUGGAAUAGGCUGUCAGCAGAGCCACUAAAGUUCCCAUUCGCUUCGCCAAGAGUCGGGGGACCGUGUGAAACGGUACCGAUGUGCUGCAGAGCUCUGACAGAAUGGAACAUGUCUGCACGGUGCCACAGGCAGCAGGCCUCAUGCUUAGUCAUCUCGCUGUCUUGAGGCACAGGCCGAACUUUCUGUAUAUAGGGGGUAUCUUCUUCCCACAUUUGCACCAAAGACCAGGCUAGAUGCUUAUGUGUCUAGAUUUGAGUCAGAGUAGCACUGAGAUCUCAUCUGAUCUUUUGACUUGUAUAAGCAAGAAGCUGACAUUAAUAAGCCCGUUGACGUAUACUGAGAAAAAGCAACUUUACAUGAUAACAAACACUGAGAUUAGCGGGUGCUUGGAUGGAUUUACAUGCAAUAUAAUGCAUUAUCUUCUAGUUGUGGAAUACAUGCUCAGAUCAUUUAAUAAAAGAUGCUACAAGCAGAUUAUGUCAGAUUAUCAUUAUUACUGUGUCGGCAGCAUUUUAAUGCUUUAGCUAGUCAAGCUAAUUUUAUAUACUGUUGAGUAGUUUAGUCUAUGUCCUGCAUCAUGUUUUAUUUGUUGACUAUCUGAAUCUGCAAACUUUUUACUUAAGCUUUCAGGUUUCAGUCUGACAUGUUGUAUGAAGUGAAUUAGUUACCUUCCACUACCUAAUACUACUCAGUGAUUGUAUAAAAGGCACAUUUGCGAUAUGCAUCCCCAAGUAGGCCGACUGAAAUGUUUGAAGAAACAUCAAAGAACUGAUUCUUGUCUUUGUAGGGUUUUGAUUAAUAAUUAAUGUUGUAUGACCAUGUGUCAAGUUAGACGAAUACCUGUCUUAUACCGCCCUGACUUUGAUCACAACACAGACACGAACAACAUCAUGAUAUGGGCAGCACGUCCCGAGGCCACACGAAUAAAGUCCGACUGAAUGUCUGGACGUCUUCGCUUCUUUCCCACCACGUGUCUCUAUUGUUUGCAGGUGAGCUCUGGCCCGUGGAUGCUGUUACUCAGACACUUUAUGGCAGAUCAUAAUCUCUGUAAUUUAGUUUUUAGCUCUUUAUCUCGAUCAGGUCUUAGCCAGUCAGCCAAGGACACCUAGUGCUCUAUUGGUUUGGCACAUCAUCUUGCCAGCAGUGAUAGUGAUUGGCACAAUAAAUCAGUAUACUGAGGCAGAUAUAUGGUGUGAAUGUAGUCCCAGUGGGCAAGUAUGCUUUAAUGAUAUUUCUCAGGCUUUGCAGUGUGGCAACACAUAAACUGUUUUUUUUGGAGAAGAUUCAUUAAUGCUUCUUUGCCAUUGUUGAUGUGUGUUUACCAGUUACUAGGUGAGCACACCAGUGAUGCAUCGAGAAGAAAAUGGAAUUUGGCUAUUUGAGAACUCUAAAAAUGUUCCCUUUCUUGUGUGGAGGAUUUCCCUGCCUUAGAUAAGUGCUUGUGCCUGACUUGAAUUUUUUCACAAGUGACAGCCAGACAGCAAGUAUUCCAGCCCUCCUCUUUUCUAUUUGAUGUUAUUAACCACCAAUAUGUCAUUUCAUGUCAUUUGUCAAAGAACAGCCCUCAUAAUGUUCUACCACACAAUAAUUCAAAUGCAAAGAACAUGGCUGUCGAUUAGUUUUAACAUUGAGGUAUUUAAGGUUAAUUCAGGAGCCCAAAAUAUACCUAAUAAUGCACAUACUUUACUUUAUAUGUGGAUAACCUACAUGACAUGCAAGGGGAGGAUAUCUACCAACAUGUCCUUUUUCAGCAAGCUUGUCCAUUUUAACUAGACCAUAAGGUAUAAGAAACGGCACUAGGUUUGUGUCUGUCCAUCUACUAUAUCUAUAUUAAAGUCAACACACUAUACCUUAUACUUGUAGUACACAACUCUGUUUUGUAGUUGCUGCAAUUGUACAUGUUACUUUCAUGGAAUUCAUUCAAGUGUAUACGUAUGUGCUGUUUAUCUUGUGAUAAUGUUUCAUGACAUGUCUCAACCCAUGCAUGAAAAAUCAAACCAUGUAAAUGAGCCACAUUCCUCAAUUUAUCUGUUCUCUGUUCACAGCUAUUCAAACACGAGCUUCAUGUUAGGUCAAUUAUAGACUAGUUUAUCGCAUCAUACGUUUCCAUGUCGUAAUAAAGUGAAAAACAUCACUUUAUAACAAUGAACUUUUCACAUUGUAACGUGAUGCAGAUCUGUUUUGGUUUUCAUGGCCUUGCAGCAGUAUAGUUCCAUACAUGAAAAUUCUUUGUAUGAUAAAACAAAAAGGUGAACUCAAAAGAGUGCAGAUGCCCGCUAGGUGCGUCUGCAGCAGUACUGGUAGUCCCGUUAGCUGUUAGCCAAACAAACUGCAAACUGUUAUCCCUCACUGUGGGCGUAGAGUAGUGGAUGGGGGGUCUGAGAUGCACUCAGCUGUGUUAUCACUAGUGGCCCCUGAGAGGAGUAGGUUGGCAGUCAAUGGCAGUAUAAAACAGGCAAUAAAAGGUGUUUCAAGAAAGUGUCGGUCACAGCAACCACGAGAGGUCCUUGAGCAUGCAGCCAUAACUGGGCAACCAAAAUAUUAUGCAGUUUGCUGCAGCAGAAUGCGAGAUUAGCCAUGGACACUCACUCAGUCACGGACGCACGCAACCGAUGGCAUGAUUCUUCUGGUUGCUUUUUGGCUUUGUAGGGAAGUGCAGCUACCAUUUUCAUUCAGAAUUUACUGUAUUCAUCUUCUGGUUUUGUUUUUACAGCCUUAAAAAGGAAGUCAACUCAUUCAUGCAAUGUCUGUACACAGUUCCCCUUUUCUGCUCAUGACAGAGAUUGUAAUGGUGACUGGUCUUGUUGGCGUAUUUGCAGGAAUGCUCCCCUAUGAGAUGACUGUGUAAGGGAAGAUGUUUCCCCCAUAUUUUCCAAACCAAGACCCUUUCUUACUGCCCCCCAUCUGCUCUUAUCCUAUACAACCUAAUCUCACAGCAUAUCUCUACAUCCCUCAGGGGUGGCAAAGCAGCUGAGCACACACAGCCAUCCUUUGGUUACAUACAGACAUUUCAAAUAGGAAAUGAUUCUCUUUCGCUCUUUCUGUGUCCAAAGUCCAGGCCAAGUGAUCAUAGUGAAAUCUGCUUUUUGUAAAUAGUGAAUGUCUGCUGCAUGACUUAAAUAUGUCCUCUUAUAUAUCAAAACAAAGGGAAAUCAGAUAAAGGAGCAAAGAGCUGAAAAUGUAUCUGCAUAUUUCUUGAUAAAAAUAAAAUCCUGCAUAAU